UUUUAUUGGUGUAUAGACAGGAAGUGAUUGAGCUGCGCUGAAGCCGGCGCUUUGCCCUCACCCUUCUGUCUGUCUGUUUUAUGAUCAGUAGAACGUGUGUGUGCGCCUUCCACUGAGAGAGCGGUGUAAUGAUAAAAGCCGCAUUUGCGGUACGCUCCUCUCACCUCAUAUAAGUCAGGAAAAAACGGAGAAACCGCCUUAUUUCGUUCCUCCUCGAGCCCUAGACGUAUCCACGUCUCGGAGAACAUUGUGAAGCAGCACCAUGUCCAGGCCGUCAGGGGGCGGUGUUGCCAAUGAUGUCACCCGCUUCCUGUCCACGGGGGCGGUGCCAGGCUCGCCCACUUCCUCUACCCCCACUGGCCACGUAUUCUCCGCCUCCAGCCAGGCUGAUUGGGCGGCAAAGAGGCUCGUCUGGGUUCCAUCCGAGAAGCACGGCUUUGAGUCUGCCAGUAUCCGUGAGGAGCGUGGGGAUGAGGUGGAGGUGGAGCUAACAGACAGCCAGAGGAAGCUGACCCUGUCCAGAGAGGAGGUCCAGAGGAUGAAUCCUCCCAGGUUCAGUAAGGUGGAGGACAUGGCUGACCUCACCUGUCUCAACGAGGCCUCCGUCCUACACAACCUCAGAGAGAGAUACUACUCUGGCUUGAUAUACACAUACUCGGGCCUGUUCUGUGUGGUGAUCAACCCUUAUAAGAACCUGCCCAUCUACACAGAGUCCAUAGUGGAGAUGUACCGAGGGAAGAAACGCCAUGAGAUGCCCCCUCACAUCUACGCUAUAUCAGAGGCUGCCUACCGCAGCAUGCUACAAGACAGAGAAGAUCAAUCUAUCCUCUGCACCGGCGAGUCUGGCGCAGGGAAGACAGAGAACACUAAGAAAGUCAUCCAGUAUCUGGCUCAUGUGGCCUCGUCCCAUAAGACUGGAACUCUGGGUAGAAACAAGGAGGCCUCACAGAUGGAUGGCAGUAGGUCGUUGCCCCGGGGCAGUUCCAUGGUGAACAGGAGUGUGCAAUAUGGGGAGCUAGAGAGACAGCUGCUACAGGCCAACCCCAUCCUGGAGGCCUUCGGAAAUGCCAAGACCGUCAAGAACGACAACUCCUCCAGAUUUGGCAAAUUCAUCCGUAUUAACUUUGACGUGGCUGGAUACAUUGUCGGUGCCAACAUUGAGACCUACCUGCUGGAGAAGUCGAGGGCGAUCCGCCAGGCCAAAGAUGAAAGGACCUUCCACAUCUUCUACCAACUCAUGUGUGGAGCUUCAGAGGCCACCAGAGCAGACCUUCUCCUUGGUAGUGCUGACCAGUACAGGUUUCUGAGUGGAGGGGCUAUUCCUGUUCCAGGCCAGAGUGACGCUGACAACUUCACCCAGACCAUGGACUCUAUGACCAUCAUGGGAUUCACACCAGAGGAGUCUCUGUCCAUGUUGAAGGUGAUCUCUGCGGUGCUCCAGUUUGGGAACAUCUCGUUCACUAAGGAGAAGAACCAGGACCAGUGCUCCAUGCCAGACGACACGGCUGCCCAGAAACUGAGCCACCUGCUGGGCAUCAGCGUGCUGGAGUUCUCCCGGGCCAUCCUCACCCCCAGGAUCAAAGUAGGACGCGAGUACGUCCAGAAGGCCCAGACCAAAGAACAGGCUGACUUUGCAGUGGAGGCGUUGGCUAAAGCUACAUAUGAGCGUCUGUUCCGUUGGCUGGUCCACAGGAUCAACCGAGCGCUGGACCGCAGACAGAGACAGGGAGCCUCUUUCAUAGGCAUACUGGACAUAGCAGGCUUUGAGAUCUUCCAGCUGAACUCAUUUGAGCAGCUGUGCAUCAACUACACCAAUGAGAAGCUGCAGCAGCUGUUCAACCACACCAUGUUCAUCCUGGAGCAGGAGGAGUACCAGAGGGAGGGCAUCGAGUGGAGCUUCAUCGACUUCGGCCUGGACCUGCAGCCCUGCAUCGACCUCAUCGAAAGACCGGCCCAGCCCCCUGGUGUGCUGGCCCUAUUGGAUGAGGAGUGUUGGUUUCCGCGGGCGACAGAUCGUUCAUUUGUGGAUAAGCUGUCUGCUGAGCAGGGGACACACCCUAAAUUCUUCAAACCACGACAAAUACGACAAGAGGCCGACUUCGCCAUCAUCCACUACGCAGGGAAGGUGGACUAUAAGGCAGAUGAUUGGCUGGUGAAGAACAUGGAUCCUCUGAAUGACAACAUAGCGUCUCUCCUCCACCAGUCCUCUGAUCACUUCAUCUCUGAGCUCUGGAGAGAGGAUAUUCAGACUCUUCCUCGAGUAUAUUUCUUUGACUCCUAUGCCACACUGCAGACCAAUGGCUCUGACAUGGAGAGGCCCGUAGGGCUGGACCAGGUGUCCAACGACACCAACAGUGGGCCGGUCAACUUCGGGGCAGGGCUGAAGACUAAGAAGGGGAUGUUCCGGACCGUGGGACAGCUCUACAAGGAGUCCCUCACCAAGCUGAUGGCAACACUACGCAACACCAACCCUAACUUCCUCCGCUGUAUCAUCCCCAACCACGAGAAGAAGUCUGGUAAGCUGACUCCCCAUCUAGUUCUGGACCAGCUGAGGUGUAAUGGAGUCUUAGAGGGGAUCCGUAUCUGCAGACAGGGCUUCCCCAACCGCAUCCCCUUCCAGGAGUUCAGACAGAGGUAUGAGAUCCUGACUCCUAAUGCUAUCCCUCGUACCUUCAUGGACGGGAAGCAGGCCUGUGAACUCAUGAUCAGUGCGUUGGAGCUGGACCGUAACCUGUUCAGAGUUGGGCAGAGCAAAGUGUUCUUCAGGGCUGGAGUCUUAGGCCACCUGGAGGAGGAGAGAGACCUGAAGAUCACUGACACCAUCAUACGCUUCCAGAGCGCUGCCCGAGGAUUCCUCGCGCGCAGGGCCUUCCUGAAGAAGCAGCAGCAGCUGAGUGCUAUGAGAGUGAUGCAGAGGAACUGUGCUGCCUACCUCAAACUCAGGAACUGGCAGUGGUGGAGGCUGUUCACCAAGGUGAAGCCUCUGCUGCAGGUGACUCGUCAGGACGAGGAGAUCCAGGUGAGGGAGGCGGAGCUUAAGAAUGCCAAAGACAACCUGACCAGAGUGGAACAGGACUACACUGAUCUGGAGAAGAAACACAUACAGCUGAUGGAGGAGAAGGCGGUGCUGACAGACCAGCUGCAGGCGGAGGCGGAGCUGUUUGCUGAGGCGGAGGAGAUGAGGGCCAGACUGGUCAGCAGGAAGCAGGAGUUGGAGGAAAUCCUGGGGGAGCUGGAGGGACGAUUGGAGGAGGAGGAGGAGAGGGGCGUUCAGAUGACCAAUGAGAAGAAGAAGAUGCAGCAGCACGUGACGGAUCUGGAGGAGCAGUUGGAGGAGGAGGAGUCGGCCAGACAGCGCCUCCAGUUGGAGAAGGUUACCAUGGAGACCAAGGUCAAGAGUCUGGAGACAGAGAUGCUGAGCACUGGAGAACAGAGAGACCGCCUCAGCAAGGAGAAGAAGCAGCUGGAGGAGAGGUUGAAUGAGGUGACAGACUCGCUGACUGAGGAAGAGGAGAAGACCAAGAGUCUCAACAAACUGAAAAACAAACAGGAAGCAGUCAUUGCUGACCUGGAAGAUCGGUUGAAGCGUGAGGAGCAGGGCCGUCUGGAGCAGGAGAAGUGGAGGAGGAGGAUGGAGGGAGAGGCUGUGGAAGCCCAGGAGCAGCUCUCUGACCUGGGACUACUGUCCGCUGAACUCAGGGGCACCCUGGCUCAGAGAGAGAAGGAUAUCACAACCCUACAGGGAAGGUUGGAGGAGGAGGGUGCACGAAGGACUGAGGCUCAGAGGGCUCUGAGAGAGGCCAUGUCUCAGGUGUCAGAGCUGAAGGAGGAAGUGGAGAAUGAACGAGGGAUGAGAGAGAGGGCAGAGAAACAGAGGAGAGACCUGGGGGAGGAGCUGGAGGCCUUGAGGACAGAGCUGGAAGACACACUGGACACCACGGCGGCCCAGCAGGAACUCAGGUCUCGUAGAGAGGCAGAGUUGGGGGAGCUCCAGAGGUGUGUUGAGGGGGAGACGAGACGUCACGAGGCCCAGCUCUCAGAGCUCAGAGUCAAGCACUGCUCUGCCAUAGACAACCUGCAGGAACAACUGGACAACAGCAAGCGGGCCCGUCAGGCCCUAGAGAAGGCCAAGACUCUAUUAGAGGACGAGAGGGUGAGCUUGGCCUCAGAGCUGAAGUCCCUGCAGGGGGGCCGCAUGGAGAGUGAGAGGGGCCGCAAGAGGGCCGAGGGCCAACUCCAGGAGCUGACCGCACGCCUCGCACAGGCCGACAGAGAGAGGGAGGAGAGAGAGGAGCGACUGCACAAGCUGCAGUCUGAGAUGGAGACCCUCUCUAGUUCUCUCUCCUCCUCUGACUCUAAAUCCCUCCGUCUCAACAAGGAGGUCAGCAGCCUGGAGAGCCAGCUCCACGACGCUCAGGAGCUACUUCAGGAUGAGACUCGUCAGAAGCUGGCUCUGGGCUCCAGGGUGAGAGCUCUGGAGGAGGAGAGGAAUGGACUGAUGGAGAGAGUGGAGGAGGAAGAGGAGAGAGCCAAGGAUCUCUCCAGGCAGAUACAGACUCACACUCAGCAGCUGGCUGAGUUGCGGAGGCAGUCGGAGGAGGUGAAUGGGGCGGUGGAGGCAGGAGAGGAGACGCGCAGGAAACUUCAGAGAGACCUAGACCAGGCCGUCCAGAGAGAACGACAGAAGGAGGAGGAGAAAGAACGUGUGGAGCGUCAGAGGGAGAGGCUGAGGGAGGAGAUAGAGGACAUGACCCUGGCCCUGCAGAGAGAGAGACAGAACUGCACCACCCUGGAGAAGAGGCAGAAGAAGUUUGACCAGUGCCUGUCAGAGGAGAAGGCGGUGAGUGCCCGGCUGGCUGAGGAGAGAGACAGGGCCGAGGCAGACAGUAGAGACAAGGAGACACGCUCCCUGUCACUGGCACGAGCCCUGCAGGAGGCCCAAGAUCAGAGGGACGAGCUGGAGAGAUCUAACAAGCAGCUCCGCAUAGACAUGGAACAACUAGUCAAUCAGCAGGAUGACGUGGGGAAGAAUGUGCAUGAAUUGGAGCGUUCCCGGCGGGCCCUGGAGACAGAGGCAGAGUCCCUGCGCACUCAGACCCAGGAGCUGGAGGAGGAGCUGGGGGAGGCAGAGAACUCCAGGCUGAGGCUCGAGGUCACCCUCCAAGCCCUCAGGGCCCAGUUUGAGAGAGAGAUCAGCACCAAGGAGGAGAAAGGAGAGGAGAAGAGGAGGUCUCUCAACAAACAGGUGAGGGAGUUGGAGACCCAGCUAGAGGAGGAGAGGAGUCAACGCUCUCAGGCCAUGUCCGUCAAGAAGCAGCUGGAGGCGGAGCUACAGGAGGCUGAGGCACAGGUGGAGACAGCCAAUCGCGGCAGGGAGGAGGGGCUUAGGCAGCUACGGAGACUGCAGGUUCAGAUGAAGGAGGUGCUUCGUGAGCUGGAUGAGUCCAAGCUGGCCCGUGACGAGGUGGUCGUCCAAUCAAAAGACACAGAGAAGCGCCUGCAGACCUUGGAGGCGGAGUUACUGCAGCUUACAGAGGAUUUAUCAGUGUCUGAGAAGAUGAGGAGACAGGCCCAGCAGGAGAGAGAUGACAUGGCUGAUGAGAUCGUCAACAGCUCUACCGGGAAGUCUGCUCUGUGUGAUGAGAAGCGGAGGUUGGAGGCGCGAGUCACUCAGCUGGAGGAGGAGUUGGAGGAGGAGCAAAGCAAUGCUGAACUAGUGGCCGAGAGACACAGGAAGACUACACUUCAGGUAGAGACUCUGACGGUGCAGCUGCAGGGAGAGAGGACCCUGGGCCAGAAGGCUGAGGGGGCCAGGGAGGCUCUGGAGAGGCAUAACAAGGAGCUGAAGCUGAAGCUGGGGGAGAUGGAGGGAGCUGUCAGGGGAAAACACAGGCUCAGUGUCGCCGCCCUGGAGGCCAAGAUGGACGGCAUGGAGGAGCAGCUGGAGCAGGAGAGACAAGAGCGAGCGAUAGCCAACAAGCUGGUGAGGAAGACAGAGAAAAAACUGAAGGAGGUGAUGAUGCAGGCAGAGGACGAGAGGAGACACGCAGACCAGUACAGAGAACAGUUGGAUAAGUCUAUGGGCCGGCUGAGGCAGCUGAAGAGGCAGCUCGAGGAGGUGGAGGAGGAUAACUCUCGCUCCAACGCCCAGAGACGUAAACUGCAGAGAGAGAUGGAGGAGCUGACUGACAGCUCCCAGAGCAUGACCCGCGAGAUCACCGCUCUACGCAGCCAUCUCAGUCUGCCUCACACUCCACUCCAUCCACUCAGCAUCACGACAUCUGAACGGAAACCAGAGAAGCGUGCUCCGAUGCCCCUUGGGAUGCGUUCAGGUCGCAGGGCGUUGGUGGAUGAUCUGUCGUGUGAGAACUCUGACUCGGAGGAGCCCCCCCCCUCCCCGACCCCUUCUUCUGGUACUGGCCCCGGAACUGGCCCCGGCACCCCCACCCCCCCCUCUGAAAACAACAGUCUGGGACCCCCCCCACCAUACAGCCUCAACGACACUGAGUAACACACACACAAACACUCACUCACACACACGCAUACAUACAGAUACAUACUCACACAGACGCAUAGGCCUGCAUUCAUGUAUAUGUACACAUAGGUCUGCAUACAUGUAUAUGUACACAUAGGCCUGCAUACAUGUAUAUGUACACAUAGGCCUGCAUACAUGUACAUACAAAUACACCCUCACAUAGACUGACUUACUGAUCCUGCACAUCUUUAAACUAUUUCCUCAGCAGUCCAAACUAGAACAGAGAGCAUACACUCUCUCUCUCUCUCUCUCUCUCUCGCUCUCGCUCUCGCUCUCUCUCUCUCUCUCUCUCUCUCUCUCUCUCUCUCUCUCUCUCUCUCUCUCUCUCUCUCUCUCUCUCUCUCUCUCUCUCUCUCUCUCUCACACACACACACAAUUUAAGGGGGGAAGAGGAUUCAUUGAUGAUUUGUGAGCAAGAAUAUGGACUGUAAUCUCACUGGGGGAAACUUCAUCUCCCAGAAAUCUGAGGGAAAGUGAAUUAUAU